AAAAAUUCACUUUGACUCACAAACGUGAAUAAAAACUGUUUGUGUCUGAUCGGAAUCAGUAUCAUUGAUCAGGAUCAAUAAUAUGUUAUUGAAGCAGCAGUAACAGAAUAAAUCUGCAUUGAUCUGAUGAUUGAUUCUUUUACUGAUGGAUAAUCUGGCAGCUGUUGGGUUGAUCCAUAUCUCUGAUCGGCUCUUCCUUCAUGUGAUCAGUCAUGUGAUCGGUUGGCUGCUUGAUAAAUGAGUGUUAUUGAUCUCUCAUGGCUGGAUGAUUAUUGAUUCUGAACAUGAUUGAUUAGACCUGCAGCAGGACGAUGUUUGUAUCUUCACAACAGGAAAUGAUUCAUGUAACAAGAGUUUUGUUUCCUGCGUUCAGAGACUGUUGGAGAGAAGCCGAGGAUUGUGGGUGCUGUAGUUCUUCUUCUUCUUCUCCUGUUUGUGACGGCGGCAGGAUGCUGGGCUGUCUGCUGCUCUGCUGCUGCUUCAGUCUGCUGCGUCUCUCCGUCGCUCUGGUUCACGGAAACCUGCAGCUGGACGCCGAGCCCGCCUACCUGUCCGACAUCGAGAGAAGCCACGCCCCCGACCCUGUGCGUGACCCCGCCCUCUUACCCGUCGACUCCAUGGAGGAUCACUUCCUGUUGGACGCGGGCUCCUAUGACGAGGACUCCUCGGCAGCCUUGCAGCUGCAGGGUCGGGCCAUGCGCUCGCCUCGCCGCUGCAUCCCUCACCAGCAGUCGUGUCUGGGUUACCCGCUGCCCUGCUGCGACCCCUGCGACACCUGCUACUGCCGCUUCUUCAACGCCAUCUGCUACUGCCGCCGCGUGGGCCACGCCUGCCCGCCGCGACGCACCUGACAGAGCGACGCCG